CUCAACUAUGGCGGGUUCAUGUUUUUUCAAUUUCAAAUACGAAAUCAGCAAUGUGCGCCGCUCGGGCGGCGACAUUGACAGCGAUUUGUCGAAUAUUCUCAUGCGCCAUUUUGUGAAUGCUAUGGAAUUUUGCGUUAAGUAAUCGCGGUCGAAGAUAACAAAAUCUGUGAUUGGAUAUCAUGACUGAAAAGGCUGGUGUGGGUAAAUCGUCCCUAAGACGUCAUGAAGUCGCCAGGCCUGUGCAUAUUCAGAGACUGGAAGCCGCCCUGGAUAUUCGGCCCUUUGUGAACCAGGUAGAGAGGAUCCUGUCCAUGGAAGAUGGUAGCGAAAGUGAUGAGGAUUCGGACACAAAGUCUAUUAUCAAUGAAAUGUCCAAAGGAGACAGGAUAAUUCAUGGGGUUGUGACAAACAAACAAGAACGUCAGAGUGACCGCCUUCGACUUUACAAUCUUGCAUCAGUUGGAGAGGACAGGGAGUGGCUUAGGGAUGUGCUUUUAUCAUCUGGCUCUGAGAGUAGCAGUGAUGAGGAUAGUGCUGAAGCCAAGGAGAUGCGCAUCCAAAGAAUGCUACGGGAGAGGCGACAUCAUAAUAAAUAUGUUAAGAAAUAUUACAAGGAUCCUGGGAACUCCCGCUACAUGUACUACGGCUGUGGUCUGCUAUCCACAAUAGACCGCUACCCGUCCCGCCGCGUCAGCCGGCCGGCGCCGCCGCCGUCCACCCGCGGCCGCAGAGGCCGGCCGGCCGAGCGCGGCUCCACCAGGGGCAUGCAGAAAGCUAGGAGAGGCCGAGGCAGGGAGAGCAAGGCACAGGAUACUGAUGCGCCUGACGGUGUGGACUGGGAAGAGCAACUGCGCAACUUGAAGCAGGAGAAUGACAGUGAAGAUUUCACUCCAGCUAUUGAGAAACCUGGUGUCAGGGGUCGCAAGAAACUAUCAACAUUGAAGAGUCCAGAAGCCCUAACUGCUCGGCGGCGCCGCCAUUGGUUGCUUCUGGUCAAGAAAGAGUUGGGCAAAGUGCAGCGAGCUAGGACGGCAACACACAGGGAGGUUAUGCUGCAGAGGAAGAGGCUGUCAACACUGUGCUGCAAGCAUUGGAGGCAUGUUGCUAUGCAGUCCCAGAAAAACAUGAAAGAGACCGUUUGGCGUUGUAAGCGGCUCAGUAGAGAGAUGCAAGCGUAUUGGAGGAGGUACGAUCGUGCGGAGCGGGAGACGAGGAGAAGGAUGGAGAGGGAAGCUGAAGAACAGAGGAAGAUGGACGUAGAACUAAUGGAAGCGAAGCGUCAAAGACGCAAACUCAAUUUCCUCAUAACCCAAACGGAGCUGUAUGCCCAUUUCAUGCAGAAGAAGAUGAAUUCUAGUGACGAUGGAGACUCGGGGACUGACAGGAUCCUCAGGCAGCUCGAUGAAGACAGAGAUCCCAGAUUGGCUGCUAUUGACCAGUAUGAUAGUGAGUCAAUGAAAGCUCGCGCCUCGCGCAACGCCCGCGAAGCGUUCCACGCAGAGCGCACGAGGACUCAGCAGUUCGACGCCGCGGCCGGAGUGGAACCAAUCGAACCCGACCCUUCGGAGAGGAGGGGAGGGGACUACGACCAGCCCUCCAUAUUCAGAGGCACUCUGAAGGGUUAUCAGCUGAAAGGGAUGAAUUGGCUGGCGAAUCUCUAUGAUCAGGGUAUCAGCGGCAUCCUGGCAGACGAAAUGGGUUUGGGCAAGACGGUACAAUGUAUAGCAUUCUUGUGCCACGUGGCAGAAAGGCUGGGGGUGUGGGGGCCUUUCUUGGUGGUGUCACCCGCCUCUACGCUGCAUAACUGGCAGCAGGAGAUGCAGCGGUUUGUACCAGACUUCAAAGUGGUGCCAUACUGGGGCAGUCCGAGCGAACGUAAAAUCCUCCGUCAAUUCUGGGAACGCAAGGAUCUACACACUCCCCAAGCAGCAUUUCACGUGGUGGUGACGUCAUACCAGAUUGUGGUGUCUGACCUCAAGUACCUGAACCGAGUGUCGUGGCAGUACAUGAUACUGGAUGAAGCUCAGGCCAUCAAGAGCUCGGCUAGUAUGAGGUGGAAACUGCUGCUUGGGUUCAGCUGUAGGAACCGAUUGCUGCUUUCCGGUACUCCAAUACAGAACAGCAUGGCGGAGCUGUGGGCGUUGCUGCACUUCAUCAUGCCGACCCUGUUUGACUCCCACGAGGAGUUCAACGAGUGGUUCUCCAAGGACAUCGAGAGUCACGCCGAGAAUAAGAGUACUAUUGAUGAGAAACAUCUAUCCCGCCUGCACAUGAUUCUGAAGCCGUUCAUGUUGCGGCGAAUAAAGAAGGAUGUUGAAAACGAGCUGUCAGAUAAAAUAGAAAUCAUGGUGCAUUGCCCGCUCACGAUUCGACAGAAGCUUUUGUAUAUAGCAUUGAAGAAGAAAAUCAAGAUAGAAGAAUUGUUACAUUACACAGUUGGAUCAGAAUCUGGUCAUAAUGUUGAUAAGAAUUUCACCUCUAAUCUCAUGAACUUGGUUAUGCAGUUUAGAAAGGUAUGCAACCACCCGGAGCUAUUCGAGCGGCGCGACGUCCGCUCCCCGUUCUCACUGCAGGUGGACGACUACCACAUACCCAAGAUCAUCGCCGAGGACGCUGUCCUCAUUCGCUGCAUACCUUCCAAGAGACAUUUAUUGUAUAAUAUAUUAUCUGUGCUCAUGCCGGAGCAGAUACACAGGAGCACAGUGGAGAGUGAUGAUAGCUGCUUCAGUUUUCUAAGGUUUAUCGAUGUGUCGCCCAUGGAAGUGUUCAGAAUCAUGUUGUGCGGGUGGUUGUAUGCAAUGCAACACAUAAACAGCUGUUUGGAGAAAUACGACAAACUGCGACACAGACAAUAUUGGUGGUACGACAACGCAGAGAGCGAGACAGCAGGAUACUACGAUAGAUUGAAAAGCAAACAUAUGCUGUUGAUAUGUCCCGAUGGAGAUGUGUUGAAGCAGAGGAAAGAGGAUAGUUUGCUGUGGAGGGAUAUGCUGUUUACUGAUCCUAUAUGGGUUGAAGGUGGUCCAUUUUACACUCACACGGAUUAUUCUGUCCAUUACAUGCCAGAAACAAUAGAGCAUCGUGCCAUUAGGUUACGGAACUUGCGGGAGAAAGAGGGACAGAUUGGUCGUGUCCAGACGGAGUUGCUGACAGAGAUAAAGACAGAGGAGGGCGCCUCCCCGCCGCCCGCGACUGCGGCCGCGGCUGCGUCGGCUGCGGCGCCCGGCGAGCGGCCCGGCCUGCUGCGCCGCGCUCACCGCACCGCGCUGCCGGACUUCCUCUACACGCAGCAGCCCAAGGUUUGCGCGAACACCCGCUCAGCGUUCGCAGUGUCGCGCAGCUUCGCGUACCAUAUGCGACGGCAUUCUCACGGGGAGUGUGCGGAGGGAGCGGCCGUGUUGGAUCGGCUGGUGGCCGCCGCUCGACCGCCCAGGGGCUGGGCCACCUUGCAAGUACCUGAUAAAAACCAGCUGGUGAGCGACGCGGGCAAAUUGACAGUAUUAGAUUCUCUACUGAAGAGACUGAAGGAACGCGGCCACAGAGUACUCAUUUACAGUCAAAUGACAAAAAUGAUCGAUUUGCUAGAGGAGUACAUGUGGCACAGAAAACAUAAAUACAUGCGAUUGGAUGGCUCCAGCAAGAUUUCAGCGAGACGAGACAUGGUUGCCGAUUUCCAGGCUCGUGCGGAUAUAUUCGUGUUUCUACUUUCAACGCGUGCCGGUGGGUUAGGCAUCAACUUGACUGCCGCAGACACUGUGAUAUUCUACGACUCAGACUGGAACCCAACGGUAGACCAACAAGCGAUGGACCGAGCUCAUCGCUUGGGCCAAACCAAACAGGUGACGGUCUACAGGCUGAUUUGCAAAGGGACCAUAGAGGAGAGGAUCAUGCAGCGGGCUAGAGAGAAGAGUGAGAUACAACGGAUGGUGAUCAGUGGAGGGAACUUCAAGCCGGACACGUUGAAGCCGAAGGAAGUAGUGUCUUUACUGUUGGACGAUGAGGAGAUUGAACUUAAAUAUCGACAAAAAUCGGAAGAGAAGAAGUUAAUGGAAGAACGAGAGCGGAAGAGAAAAAUGGGCAUUCUUCCACCGCAGCAACCGGCGGUGGUAGAACCGAAGCGCGGUAGGACCUCCCCGUCGCGGUCGGGCAGCGGCAGUCCGCUGCAGGUGGACGACGACGACCAGCUGGUCGUCGAUGCGCCGCCAUUACCCCUCAAUGCUAUGCCGUACUCCCCACCCGUGCGGCCGCACCCCGUGUGGGGCGUGACGCGCUCGGCGCGCGGCGCGCGGCGCGGGCGUCCGCGCGGCUCGCGGCACGCCCUCACCCGCCGGCCCGAGCCCCCGCCCGACAACGCGCACGCCGUCGCUACUGGCGCGGCGCUGCUGGAGUCGGACGCGCCGCUGGAGACGGCGGAGCGGCGCGCGCGGCGCGGGCCGGGCCGGCCGCGGCUGCGCGCGGGCGCUGCGCCGCGCCGCGUGCGCCGCGCGCGCGAGCCGCUCGCCGUGCCGCUGGCGCCGCCGCCCUAGCAUCCGCAUCUCGCACGUUACCAAAACGUGUGACAAACGACAAAUCUAUAGACCCUCCCAUAGUGCAAUAUGUUAAUUACUGCCGAGUGAAGUGUGUGCGUGAUUAAAAUUAAAAAAUUAUAAAUGAACAUGUCCUAAACAAUGAUUUGUAUCAUCAUAAUGUGUAGAAUGGUGGAAAUUAUCGCCAUCGCGAUUUUGUUGUUGGAAUAAAUGAACGUAGGUAAUGAACAGAAAAAUUAAAUUGCAUCUUGUGUAUUUGUGAAUCAACGAGUCUGAUUGUAUUAUUACAUUCUAUAUUUGUAUAUAAAAUGAAGUUAUAACUGAUAUUUAUCUAACUUUGCAUUGUUCAGAUGGCUCAGGUUGUUGUUAUGUUAAAACAAUGUAAAUAAUAAUAAUAAUUAAACUUUUACUUUAUUUGGUUUUAUGAAAUAAAAAAUGAAAUGUGAUAUUUUAUUUUUACAUAAUUUAUCAUAGUAGUAUUUUAAUAAAUUUUAUUAGUAUAAGUUACCUCCAUCUUGAUCGUGAGAACAAAAUAUAGUAAAAUUUAUAAUAGUAGAAAUAACUGUGGAAUUAACAAAAUGUUCAUGUUGCGAUGUGAAUAAAGCUUGUGACAUUGUAAAUAA